UGACGUAGAGACAGUGACACAAAUGUAUGUGGGUGAUACUAGGUAUUGAUUCUUGCAAUUUACGCGCGACACACAUGUUUUUGACACAUGUACGUUCCGUUUCGCGGAGCGAUCUUGAACGUUGAUUUCUACGAUGACUUAAAGACGCGUUUUUCAUCAUUGCGGUACGCAUGACGUCGACAAUUUACAUCAACACUUGUUUCGUGUAGAGAAAGAUAUGUCAAUGAGAAAGAACGCUUAGGUUAAGGAGAGGGCGAGCCAUCCAUUUGAAUGAGAUAUUAUUUCGUGAACGUGCGAAAAUGGAUAACGUGGCAACCGCUGAAUGUCUGACGCUAGACUUGGGUCCGUUUGAGACGGUGCACCGAUGGCAACGUAUGCCAGAAUGCGAUGAAUUUGUCGGUGCCAGACGCAGCAAACACACUAUUGUAGCAUAUAAAGAUGCUAUUUAUGUUUUUGGUGGCGACAAUGGCAAAAGAAUGUUGAACGAUUUACUGCGCUUUGAUGUGAAAGAGAAAUCUUGGGGUAGAGCGUUUGCAACGGGAACUCCACCUGCUCCUCGCUAUCAUCACUCUGCGGUCGUUCAUGGAUCAUCAAUGUUUGUGUUUGGUGGUUAUACCGGGGAUAUACACUCCAACUCUAAUCUCAGUAAUAAGAAUGAUCUGUUUGAGUAUCGCUUCCAGACUGGCCAGUGGACAGAAUGGAAAUUUAUCGGACUGACUCCAGUGCCUAGGUCUGCACAUGGUGCUGCUGUUUACGAUAAUAAAUUAUGGAUAUUUGCAGGCUAUGAUGGUAAUGCUAGAUUGAAUGAUAUGUGGACAAUAUCAUUAUUGCCUGGUGAUCAUAAAGCAUGGGAAGAGGUUAUUCCGGCUGGUGAGCGUCCACCGACAUGCUGCAAUUUUCCUGUCGCAGUAGCCAGAGAAUCCAUGUUCGUUUUUAGUGGCCAGAGUGGGGCUCGGACAACCAACAGUCUCUUUCAAUUUCAUUUCAAAGAAAGAAGAUGGACGCGGAUAUCGACGGAGCAUAUAUUACGUGGCGCACCGCCGCCACCCGCGCGGCGAUACGGUCACACGAUGGUCAGCUUUGAUCGCCACCUUUAUGUCUUUGGUGGUGCGGCCGAUUCGGCUCUGUCCAACGAUCUCCAUUGCUAUGACCUCGAUACGCAAACGUGGAAUGUCAUUUUACCGUCCACCGACAGCCAGGUACCACCUGGCAGGCUUUUUCACGCUGCCGCCGUGAUUGGAGAGGCAAUGUUCAUUUUCGGAGGAACUGUGGACAACAAUAUACGUUCUGCUGAAAUGUACCGCUUUCAGUUUUCGUCGUAUCCCAAGUGCACGUUGCACGAUGAUUUUGGCAGAUUGCUUAAUAUUCGUCUCUUUUGCGACGUGGAAUUCAUCGUGGGGGAGCUAGGGACCAAAAUACCUGCGCACAUAGCUAUGGUGGCGGCACGUUCACAAUUUCUCCGAACGCGCAUUCGACAAGCUCGUGAGAAAAGGGACAAGCAUCUGGAACAAGUGUUUAGUACAGUUGACGUACCCAUCAAAGUUCCACCAUUGGAGGUGAUAUUGAAAGACGCUGUACCAGAAGCUUUCGAAAUGGUGUUAAAUUACAUUUAUACCGAUCAUAUCGAUCCCACUAAGAGAUCGGACGACAAAAUCGAGGAUCCGCAGAGUAAUCGCAUCGUACUUCUUAUGAUGGACGUGUAUCGUCUCGCCGUGCAAUUUAAUAUGGAACGCUUGGAACAAUUGUGUGUUAAUUACCUCGAGGCAACCAUAAGUCACGCGAACGUCUUAGAGGCCUUGCGCAAUGCCGUGCACUUGAAGUUAUAUUUCAUAAAAGAGUUUUGCCUUAGUUUCGUCGUCAAGGAAAAUAAUUAUAAUUUAAUUGUAAUGAGCCAAGAAUUUGAGACUCUCGAUCAGCCGCUAAUGGUGGAAAUUAUUAGGAGACAGCAGAUGCCGCAAACCAGAACUUUUACAAAAUAUGAGUACGAAUCUGUUACUGUUUACUCGCUAGGAACCAGUCUGGAGCAAGACAUGGAAGCGUUUUUAAAGAACGUUGGUCGGGAAUUUUGCGACAUCACAUUGAUGCUGGACGAUAUGCCGAUAACGGCGCAUAAGGCUAUUCUCGCGGCGAGAUGUAGCUAUUUUGAAGCAAUGUUCCGAUCUUUUAUGCCUGAAAAUAAUAUGGUGAACAUACAAAUCGGGGAGAUGAUACCGUCGUUAGAAUCUUUCUAUUCGUUGCUGAGGUACAUUUAUUAUGCGGAUGUUUCGAUGCCCCCUGAGGAUUCCCUGUAUCUAUUUACUGCGCCAGUGUUUUACGGCUUUACAAACAACAGACUCCAAGCGUUUUGCAAACAGAAUCUUGAAAUGAAUGUUACUUUUGAGAAUGUUAUACAGAUUUUAGAGGCAGCCGAUAGGAUGCAAGCUGCCGAUAUGAAGAAGUAUGCCCUAAAUCUGAUAGUUCAUCACUUUAGCAAGGUUGCUAGGCUUCCAAGAUUAAGGCAAUUGAGCCGCGAACUUUUGCUGGAUAUUUUCGAUGCAUUGGCCGACGAACGUAGCGAGACUAGAACGUGUCAAGAUAUGACGAAUGAUUGCUGACGGAUUUCUACUUCAGAUCGUCGUCCGUGUAGCUGGGAUUUACCAUCGCCGUGCAGUUUCCAAGAAUUGUGCCGUGUGAAUUUCAUCCUCAUAGGACGAACGAUUCUGUUUGUCGGUAACUGUUAUCUCGAUCAUACAGCUAAAUCUUGCUUAACAUCAGAUAUACAGACUCUGCUGCCAUUAUCGAUGACUACAUCGUCUGCUUCGAUUCAUGAAUCAUCCACCACAUGCGAUAUCGAUCAUCCAGACACGUCAUCUCGUUGUAUCGAUGACAGGAGGCAACACCAGUGGUCUACUAUUACCCGUCGCUGUUCCGUCAGUUGCAACGUAUUGAGACGCACCGUCGUUGCACUAUCGGACUUCGGGCUUAGAAAGUUAUUUCCGUAAUCAAGAUUUUAUUAAUAUUAAAUGAAAUGGAGCAAUGACUUUUACCGUGUUAUAGAACUGCACUUGAUAUAAAAUUGUGCAUUGUGCGAGAAAUCUUAAUGUAUGAUAUUAACUUAGUGACUGUGUAGUGUCUCUAUGUGAUGUAACGGCAUAUUAAAGACAUCAUACAAUACAUACACAGAAUAAGUGGAAAGAUAUACUUUCCAUAAAUAGAUUAAUAUCAAUGAUCACAUUUGAACAAUGAUGUACAUUAUUACAUAUGUGUCCUUAAUUAGCGAUCAUUAUGAUAUAGUUGUACAGAGAGUUAAAAUAUGAGUAGGUAGUAAUAUAUAGCUUUUGUUUUUAUAACUUUUUGUUAAAAAAGGAAGAAAUUCUUCCGAUUGUUCUAAAAAUAUGUGUAUGUACAGAUAUAAUAUAUAGUACAUUUUACAUUAAAUAAAA